AUGUCGUUUCCCAAGGCUCGACCGGACUGGAACAAUCUCAAAGUCCUUCACAAAAAUACACUCCCACCACGGGCGCAUUUCUACCCCUACGCUUCCGAGGAAAAGGCCCUCGCAUUUGACCGCGAGAAGAGUGAAUAUAUCUCCCUCAAUGGCACCUGGAAGUUUCGCCAUGACGCUUCACCCUACGAGGCACCAGAAUGGUCAUCAGUCAACCCUUUGACGUGGGACGACGUUAAAGUUCCUGGAAUGUGGCAGCUACAAGGAUAUUCGCACCCGACGUACACAAAUGUCAACUACCCAUUCCAUGUUAAUCCGCCCGAGGUGCCGAUUCUUAAUGAGACUGGGUCUUACUGGAGGCAGUUCGUGACACCGGCUUCCUGGGAUGGACAGCAGAUUCGCAUCCGAUUCGAAGGUGUCGAUAGUGCAUUCCAUCUUUGGGUCAAUGGGACUGAGGUUGGAUACUCUCAGGGAGCGCGAAACCCCAGUGAAUUUGAUAUCACCGCCUUGCUUCAAUCUGCUGGCUCAGUAAACACUCUUGCAGUGCGCGUGUACGAGUUUUGUGAUGGUUCGUAUAUCGAGCGACAAGAUCAGUGGCUUCUGAGUGGUAUCUUCCGAGACGUCGGCCUCUUGGCUUUCUCGAAAGACUCAAUCGUGGAUUUCGAUGCUGUUGCAACCCUCAGCGAGGACCUCUCGAUCGGUGAGCUCCUCACCAGUGUCAAGACACAGGGUGAAAGUGGCACUGUCGAGGUCAAACUCUAUCGUCCUGACGGCAGUCUCCUUGAAGAGUCCAGCUUCCCGUCGACGGAGUCAAAGGUCCUCCAAGUGUCCGGUGAUGACUUGAAGCUGUGGUCGGCUGAAGAUCCCGUCCUUUACACUUUACUCGUCUCAUUUAACGGCCGAACUAUUCCACAGCGCAUUGGUUUCAGACGCAUUGAGCGAAAAGGCGGCAAUUUCCUGGUGAACGGAAGACCGAUCAUAUUGUACGGCAUGAACCGACAUGAGCACCAUCAUCUGUACGGGCGCGCCGUGCCGUAUGAGAGCAUGCGUGCAGACCUCGUUCUGAUGAAAAAUCAUAACAUCAACGCUCUCCGAUGCAGUCAUCAACCUAACGAUCCCAGGCUCUACGAAGUUUGUGAUGAGCUGGGCCUCUAUGUCAUCGCCGAAGCUGAUCUGGAGACGCACGGCUUUGACCCUGUUGAACGGUCGAACAUUCCGAACCAGAAUCUCAUGAGCGAGCAUGAGAUCCAGGAGACAUCGUACAAGAUGGCAACUAAAUGGACCUCUGACAACCUUGAGUGGAAGGACGCUUAUCUUGAUCGGGCUGUUCAGCUUGUCCAGCGAUUCAAGAACUAUUCUUGCAUCAUUUUCUGGUCACUUGGUAACGAGGCGUUCUAUGGUCAAAACCAUGCGAGUAUGUACAAGUGGAUCAAGGAGGCUGAUCCGACCCGUCUCGUUCACUAUGAGGGUGACAGAGAUGCUAUCACUGCUGAUAUGUAUUCCACAAUGUACUGGAGUGUGGAUGCCCUCAAGCAGCAUGUUAUUGACAAGCCUGACAAGCCCAUGAUUCAGUGCGAGUAUGCUCAUGCUAUGGGUAAUGGUCCGGGUGGGUUGAAAGAAUACAUCGAAGCCUAUCGCACCGAGCCGCUUCUGCAAGGUGGUUUCAUCUGGGAGUGGUGUAACCAUGGCCUUCUCAAGAGAGAGGGUGACUUGUCAUACUAUGCGUAUGGUGGUGACUUUGGAGAUCAGCCGAACGACGCAGACUUUAUCCUUGAUGGAAUGGUCUUUUCCGACCACACCCCUACCCCUGGACUGAUCGAGUACAAGAAGGCAAUUGAGCCGGUCACAAUCUCCUUCAAAGACGGCCAGCUGGAAGUGGUGAAUCACUACGGUUUUAGCACUCUUGACCAUCUUUCAGUUUCGUGGCACAUCGUCAAGGAGUCAGGGAACACAGAGCCCGUGCCAUGGCAGCUACCCGAGAUCAAGCCUGGCGAGUCAAAGCUAGUUAGCCUCCCAGAGGGUGUUAGUCUCGGAUCUGAGCCUCAUUGGUUCGCUGCCAACUUCUCCUUGAAGAACGCCACGGCGUGGGCACCGCAGGGACAUGAGAUUGCAUGGGCUCAGGUCCCAUUGUUCGAAGAGCAGAAGCUUACACUUUCACUCUCUCCAACUUCAUCGCCUCUUCCACUUACUGUCAGCGAAGGACUAGGCAAGCUCUACAUCAACUCGGACAACUUCGCGUCUCACUUUACCUACGAUCUGGUCCGAGGUAAUCUGUCUUGGUCCACCGAGUCCGGCAAGGUAUUCAACAGCGGACCUCAGCUAGGAAUCUACCGUGCCUUGACUCAGAACGACAUCGGCGGUGGCGGUCCCUGCGCCGAAUGGAAGCGAUUCCGCGUUGAAAGCUGUCGCAUGCUCGUCCACUCCUCAAGCUGGAACGUCAACGAUGACGGAAGCAUCUCAAUCACAACCAAAGUCCGAGUCGCACCCACCGUCCUAGAAUGGGCCAUGGUAGCCGAUCUCAGUUACACAAUCACCGAGUCUUCCGUCCAUCUCCACGUCAAGGGUGAUUUCACUGGCACUUACCCGAAAGAAAUCCCCAGAAUUGGUCUCACCAUUCGCCUGCCCCGUCGCUACGAAGCUGCAACCUGGUUCGGCCGAGGUCCCGGCGAGUCGUACCGCGACAAGAAGGCAGCCGCUCGCUUUGGAACGUACACAUCCACCCUUGACACCGGUCUUGAGACACCGUACGAGUGGCCGCAGGAGAACGGUAAUCGCACCGACACACGGUGGGUUCGUGUCCACGCGUCGGCCGCCGAGAACGCUUAUGCUGCCUCUGCGGGUGCAGAUUCACCUUUGCCAGCAAUCGAGGCCAGAAUGGACACUCCUUUCAAUUUCUCGCUUAGCAGGUAUGCGAUCGAGGAGUUGGAUCGUGCGAAGCACCCGCAUGAGCUUUCGGAGUUGGAUGGGGAGACGGAGUUUAAUGUUGAUUUUGCGCAUCAUGGGAUUGGGACUGGUAGUUGUGGACCCGGUCCGUUUGAAGGGAAUAGAUUGGAGGCUGGGCCGUUUGAGUUUAGUACUGUGUUCCGGUUGAUUGAUGGGAAGGGUGAGUGA